AAUAGUGAUCGCAGCAACAUUGAAUACUGCAUUGUGCUUCAUUUAUUAAAUCUUUGCCGACGGUUAAAACACUUUGGUUGCUAUUAUAUCGCAUAAGUCAGUGUAAUAUUUUCUAGAAUAUUGGUAAAAGAUUUGAGACUCCCACCUGGGUGUGCAAAAAUGGCAGAAGGAGCUAAUGAUGCAAUUGCAUCGGCAGAGAAUGACAAACUGAAGCAGACAACUAAAUUUACUCAUGAUUGGUAUCAGACAGAGACACAUGUUGUUGUUGCAAUAUUGUUCAAAAACACAAAGUUUGAGCCUAAAUCUGUGAAAGUAGAGUAUGGUGAACGAAUGCUUAGUGUCACAGCAAAACUUGAAAAUGGUGCUGAUUACAAUAUGGAGUUGGAUUUGGCACAUUCAAUUGUGCCAACUGAGUCAACACACAAAACCUUCACAAUGAAAAUAGAGAUAAAAAUGAAGAAGGCGGCAGAUAUCCGUUGGUCAGUGUUGCAAGGGCAGCCACAAUACCCAGAGGCAGCAGUGGCCCCUAUUCCUGCAGCAAUAUUGAGUGCUGGUCCGCCAAAAUAUCCAAGCUCAGCCCCAAAAUCAAAGGACUGGGAUCAAGUUGCUAAAGAAUUGGAUGACAAUGAGAAACCUGAAGGAGAAGCUGCGCUGAAUGCCCUCUUCCAAAAAAUCUAUGAACAGGGUUCGGAUGAAGUCAGGCGAGCUAUGAACAAGUCGUUUCAAGAAUCUGGUGGCACUGUUCUCAGUACGAAUUGGGGAGAAGUGGCAAAAGAGAAGGUGGAAGUAAGGGCUCCUGAUGGGCUGGAGUGGCGGAAGUGGGAUUGAUGAAGAAAAUGAAGAACAGUGUUGUGUUAUGCUUGUGUAUUUAAUAUAUUUUUGUAUUUUGAAAGACUUAAUAGUGAAAAACCAGAGAGUAUAUACACUGUAUAGUGGUUCUUCAUUUCACUUUUAAAAUAUUGACAAAAGUCAGAAACAGAGCUGCUGUGGGCACAUUAAACUUUCUUAACAUUUUUGUGCAUGAUGAGUUAUAUGGUGGCUCUGGUGUGCACUUACUUUGGAUUUAGUAAAGAUCCUAUAAAAUGAAUUCUUACAUCUGGUGCAAAGCUCAUAAUGUCUCAUAAUUUUGUUAAUCUUCAUCAUUGUUGUCUUAUCUUGUAAAUUUGUACAAUCUUUCUAAAUGCAUGCUAAUUUGUGUUUGCUUCUUUAAAGACUGAGUGUACAAAAUAAAUAAUGUCUCCAUAUUAAUAACAUAA